AGUUUUAGAAACAAAUCAAGAAACAAAGAAGAAUCUCCGCGACAAAAGUGUUGAAACGUUAAGAGUUACUUUCUCUUACAUGAAGGAGACUAGGUUUAUUCAUAUUUGUUGUUCUUAACACCUGGAGAGAUCAGUAAGACCCUGAGCAGGACGGAGAGAGCUCUCCGUCUCAACCUAGGACGUUUUUUAAUUAUUUAUCCGUGUGCUUUUCAAGCUGGACAAGUGUAGUAGACUCCAAUGUAAAACAAACACUACAAAGUGUGAAAAAAAUCAAUUUAAAACGUGACAGUUUAUCUUUACUGAUGCAUAAUCAAUAUAAGUAGAUUAAAAACAAGUCGGUAAAGUUCUGUAUUUAGAUAAACUAUCUCCAGCCAUAUAGAAGGAUUGUCCUCAGAAAGAGUCUGAGGAAGGAGGACGAAUCCUUCACAAACUGCAGUUAGAAGGAUGGAGUGUGGUUUACUCUUAACCCUGAACACUGCAAAAAACGUGGUAGAACUCAUUAGAGCUCUACUUUGAACCUGAGUACUGCAGGACGGAUUAUAACUCUCCACCCAGAGUUUGCACAGACGAAAAGAACUCUCUUGUGGUGUACAGUGUACCCUGAGCAGUAUAGGAUGGAUGAAGGAGGGGAAUCUCAAGAAGGAGGAGGCGGGGGAGGAGUAGGUUGGGUAAAUGGUGUACCAACCGGUAUUCCAAGAGUAACUAUAGAGACGUCAUUUACAAAUCCAGCUCCGAGUACAGGUUUCUCCAACCUAUCUCAGAAUCCUGAAUUUCCAUCUCCAGCUCCAGGUUGUGAUAAACCAGGGGGUUCACAUCUACCUGUUGAAAUUACAGGAGCUGCUCUUGAACAGCAUGAUCAACUUUUCUAUUCUCAACUUCUUCAACUUCGCCAGCAACAGGCAGCUCAGCAGCAGCUACUCCAACAGCAGUAUACACUACAGAGACAGCUGCUACUGGAGAACCAGGAGAAAACUUUGAAAUCACACUUCCUUGAGUAUAUUGAUCAGCACAAGCGUCUAGAAGAGAUGAACUCUAGGUUGGAUCAGGAGAAUAAGAAGUCUGAUGUCAAGUACAGACUUCAGGAGUUUGUUCUUCAAAAGAAGCAAAGGGAGAUAAUGAAUAGUUUUAGUAUUUCGUCCCAACCUGGAAUCCUACCCGGAGCAGUUCCUGGAGUAUCUCCACGUAGUGGAUCUCAUGAUGAUAUAUUACGUGAGUCGACCUGGAACGGAACAUCAGAGACAGAGUCGACCGACGCCGAAGUCUCGUCCUUGCUCUCAUCAAAUUCCGCCUUCUUCCGAACCCUACCAAGAAUAUCUCCUGUGCAGGAGGACGAAUAUCUGCCGUCUAAUCCCUACUUGUCCUCGUCUAGGAGCCCACGUAGCAUGGCUUCACCACUAUCUCUAGGAUCCUCCUCUUCCUCUAUACUUGAGGACUAUCGAGGAUAUCUGGCAGCUCCGCCACAAUAUUUGCCCUCUCCGCCUCGUCACGGAAAACUCCGCCCAGUGGGACGAACUCAAUCUGCUCCGCUUCCUCUUGGGCAUCCAGGGUUGCUUGCUCCUCCUGAUAUCCGUCAGGGUAAAACAAGCCCUGAGCUGGAUACUCAUGCUCUGGUUAAACAACAGAUCAGACAAUCCGUCCUGAGUAGGCAGAAUAGAUCUGCUCCGGGGGAUUCAUUUAAGUCCUUGGAUCCUAUGCUUGCUAUGGCGGAAUUAUCUCAAAUCCAGACCCGAUGUAUGCCUAACGAGGAUUCCUCGUCUCCGGGUAAAAGCAGACAUUCCUCCCAGGAUGGAGGAAGUAAGAGCAAACCUAAACCUAUCUCCAGAACCAGAUCUAGUCCUCUAGUUACUCUAGGUUCUCCAGGUAUCUCUCUAGGUAGGACGGGUCUAGCCUGGGAUCCUGUGAUGCUCCAACACUCAUGUCUGUGUGGAGAUGAAUUGUUGCACCCUGAGUCUCCAGGACGGGUUGAGAGAAUUGUUUCCAGAUUGCGUGAUACAGGACUCUUAUCUAGAUGUGAAUUAGUACGUCGUAGAGCAACAAUAGACGAACUCAAAACCUGCCAUUUAGAGGACCACGUUCAACUUUUCGGUGUGUCUCCGCUUGUCCGAGGAGGAGGAGGCGGAGCUGAACUGCUCCGCCUACCGUGCGGAGGAUGGGGUGUGGAUACGGAUACAGUAUGGAAUGAAGUGAAUACACCAACCGCUGCUAAGGUAGCAGCUGGGUCUCUUAUAGAAUUGGUAAAUAAAGUUGGAUCUGGAACACUGAGGAACGGGUUUGGUUUGAUCCGUCCUCCAGGUCAUCAUGCCGAGGAGAACCAAGCUCUAGGGUUCUGUUACUUCAACAAUAUCGCCAUCUCUGCCCGGCAGUUCAGGAGAAACUUUAAGAAGAGAGUUGUUAUCUUAGACUGGGAUGUUCAUCAUGGGAAUGGAACCCAGAAAGCAUUCUACUCGGAUCCUGAGGUUUUGUAUAUCUCAAUGCAUCGACACGACGGAGGGAACUUCUUCCCAGGAACUGGUUCUCCGGAGGAAACAGGAUCUGGAGAAGGGCUGGGGGCAAAUGUAAACAUAGCUUGGUCUUUAAAUGAACGCCCUCUUGGAGAUGCCGAGUACCUCGCUGCUCUUAGAGCAGUAGUUCUUCCUAUUAUUAAGAGUUUCAGUCCCGGCAUAAUCUUGGUCUCGGCCGGGUUUGAUGCAACCGCUGGUCAUCCCUCAGCUCUCGGAGGUUACUCCGUAUCUCCGACAUGCUUCGGAGUUCUUACAUCCUACCUAAUGCAACUAGCAGAAGGGAAGUUGGUUCUGGGACUAGAGGGUGGGUAUGUGGGGGAGGAGGUAGCUGAAUCUGUAGUUGCCUGUAUUCGGACCCUUCUCGGAGAAGGUUCCGGACUACAGGGAGGAGAGGAGCUGAACCGUCCUCCAACCUACCGCGCAGUUCUAGAUAUCAACACUACCAUCAGCCAUCAUAUCUCGCAUUGGCCUGUGUUAGCUGAAACCUGCAAGUUUGUAAAUAUUACACAUUCUCAAUACCUGGAUUCUCAUCCUCUUGAUCUUAAUGCAGUCCGCAGACUGCAUAUGGAGUAGGAAACCUGAUGACAACCAACCAUUUUAAAAGUUUUGUACCAAAUCCUACAACUCCUGAACCCCUUUGCAAAUGUAUACAGAGUUACACACUAGGGAUCUUUUUCAUAAAAGGAGUGUUUGCGAAAACUUUGAUUGACUUGUUUACGAUCUGGAGGGAAUAAUGCAACUCUAUGAUUGCUUUGUUUACGAUCUGGAGGGAAUAAUGCAACUUUGUUAGUUUAUAUGGACGCUACGCUCAAAAUUAGUUGCAAUCGAUAUCGAAUUCAAUAUCAGCCUAUACCCCCUUUAACUUUUCGCGAACACUCCCUUUAAGUAAAUUAAUUAAAGUUUAAACAGAAGACCAAAUGCAACCUUGAUAUAAUUAUAUUUAAAGAACUUUUGUCGUCUUUAUGGUCUAAUUUUUUGUGAAAAAACUUAAACAUGAAAAAUUUAGAUCUUACCCCAACCAAAUAUCUACAUCUAUCACAGAUAAAAUAUGUAAAUAUAUAAUGUUGAAUAAAGUACAAAUACUACGUUUUAAAAUAUGUAUUGUUUAACAGCAAAUUG